AUAGAAAAGAAAACCCUAGAAAAUGUCAGCGAACCCCAUGGACGACGUUGAUCGAUUGUUUGAGUGCUUCAAGUGCGGUUUCUCUCCCCCCCAAUCUGCUUUUAGAGAAAGAAAAAGAAGAAAAAGAAAAUCGAAGCAUGGGUGUUCAACACAUGAGGCCUCUACACCUUCUAGCAUUCUAUCUCCAGGAUCAGCUGGACAAAGACAGAACGAAGCAACAGAUGUACAGCUUUCCAUUGAGAAGUUUGAUUCAACAAUAGUUAAAGAAAACAAAAUUAACCGCGGGAAGCAGAUCUCUCCGAUCGUAUUCUAUGGGUCUCCACAUGGUGUUCCUCCAAAAAGACCAUCCAGCUUGUUGCAAUUGUUACAUCAAAUUCGUGUCGAUCUCACCGAACAAAGUAAAUUGAGCUUGAGGGAGGAAAUAUGGGCUACGUUUCCUAGGCAGGAUGAAGCAAUGAAGUUUGCCAAAGAGCAUGUGCAUGUUCACGUUUUUAGUUAUCAAGAUCACUUUAAUGGUCAAAGAAGGUUCCUUGUCUCAACGUAUAAGGAGUUUUGGAAAAGGUACAAAAAUAUGGAUUCCAAAUACCGUCAUCAUUAUGAGGUGAUUCAGGAGGGUUUUCCAUGCCAUCUUUACUUUGAUUUGGAGUUCAAUAAGAGAGCAAACCCAGAAAAUAAUGGAGAUGAAAUGGUUGAUCUCUUGAUAUCAGUCAUUUUAGAAGCCUUACUUGACAAAUACUCCAUUCAAGGAAACCUGGAAUGGGUAGUAGAGCUUGAUUCCUCCACUGAAGAAAAAUUUUCCCGUCAUUUAAUUAUUCGUAUUCCAAAGACUGCUUUCAAGGACAAUUCACAUGCAGGUGCAUUUAUUGCCGAGAUAUGCUCUCGGAUUCUAAGUGCAAGGACAAGUGAUCGAAGAUUUGAAAAAUUGCUUGUGAAAAAAGAUUCAAGCUCCACUGAGUCCUCAAGCCAACUUUUUGUGGACAAUGCUGUCUAUUCUAGAAAUCGCUGCUUUCGUUUAGCUUUAUCAUCGAAGGCAGGGAAAACUUCUGUGCUUUUACCUACAGGGAGACUCAAAUGUGAGGACAUGAGCGAGGAAGACAUGUUCAUGGCGUCCUUGAUCUGCAAUAUGGAUGUUGAUUGCGAGAAGCUUCUAGUCUGCAAAAUGGAUUUAGAUUGUGCGAAAACCCUUCACUUUGAUACCGAGGUGAAUCAUAAUUUUGGAACAUAUUGCAGUGCUUCUCAAGAAUUUGCAUUGAGUGCUUGCACAAGUGAUCUUACUACGCCAUACUUCCUUGGAAAGUCACCAUUUCCAGCUGUGGACAAAUUUGUAGAAUACAUUGCCUCCAUUGGCACUGUGUCAGGAAAAAUUCGAAGCUGGUAUUGGUUCUCUGAAUAUGGACUGAUUGUCUACAGCAUGUCAAGAAAUAGAUACUGUGAGCGCAUUGGUAGACAGCAUAAAAGCAAUCAUGUGAUGUACGUUGUUGACCUGAGAAGGGCUGUUUAUUAUCAGAAAUGUCAUGAUCCUGAUUGCAAAGGUUACAGAUCUCCUUUACGGCCAAUUCCAAUAGGUAUCAUACCCAAUCCUUCAGUUUUCUUUCAUUCCGAUCAAAUGGAGAGUCAUGGUGGACCAACAGUUAAUAACCUCGACCUACAAUUUAUUAAUACUAAUGAGGAAAGUCUCCUGCUUUACAAUGAUGCAAACAUUACAAACAGCUGCACCAAAGACCCUUGGUGGUUUGAAGCCAUAAGAGUUGCAAAUGAUAUUGAAAACAAGAAAGAUACAGUGGAAGUCAGCAACAUGGAGAGCAUUAACGAUGAAGAUGAUGAUUGGUGGAUGGCUGUCGAAAGGACUGCAUUGCAGGCUGAGUUAACCCACUUGAACUAAAGUGAUGGUUAGAGCAGUUGGUUGAUAAACAUUCUGGCUUUAAUAGAAGAUACAUUCUGCGGACAUUCUUCCCUCAAAGCAAAGUUUUAGUGACUUGUGGGAACUCACGAUAGAACAAGAGGUUUGCGUCAAAUUUAGCCCGUCAUCCAUCCAUGUUGGUGUUCUGAUAUCUGGUUCUCUUGCAUGGAAGAACAGGUUUGUACAGUUCAUUUCACUGUUAGUUGCAUUUGAGUAUCAGA